AUGCAGAACCUCACGCUCCAAAGCAAGCUCCCGGCCCUCGACGACUCGUUGAGCAUCGGCGACGACCUCCUUGCAGAAGCUGAUGAGCCUCCCGAUCUACAACAACUGACACCGCGUCCCUCUGCGGCCAAGCCCGCGCCACUCGACGCCGCUUUCGGAAAAACCCGGCCUGCACCAUCCUCGCGCAAAGAGUCCCUGCUCACCCAAGCGUUGCAUUCCGAGAGCGACUCGCAGUCCGAUGACGACAUCCAUCAAUCCAUGGGCUUCAAGCGAGGCUUCUCGACUGUCUCGACCUGGAGCACUGCCAGCGCGGCAUCGACCGCAGAACUCACCAGCGACGGCGGAUUCACCAGCCCUGGCACGAGGACCAGCUCCCCGAGCCCGCCGCUUCCGCCCAUCAUCCACAAUCUUCCACCAAUCGCCAUCCAGAAAGAUGGUGAACACAAACUCACCAUCCGCCAUGAGGAGCACCAUGAGAAUGUUACCCCACAGAAGCCCAAGGAAAUCAACGAGACUUCGGUUGAGCAAGGCCUUGGUAGGAGGAGAUGCAUCACAUUUGCUUGCGCACAGAAGAAGGAAACUACCGCGGUUAUCCAGCCACCCAAGCCCCAGGAGGAGAAGCCAGCGGAACCGGCUCCCAGAAAAUGCAUGAUCAAAUUCGCCUGCGACGCCAAGGCAACGACGACUACGACCACCACGACCACCGCUACACCGAAGAAGCCGCGUAUGGCCAGCCCGCCGCCGCCUUCGAAGAGGCUUCCCGUACCUGCCAAGACUUCCCCGAGGUCCCACCGUGGUUCCGACUCGACUGUCAGGAACGAGUCACCGAAGCACGUGCGCAAAAUUCCAUCGUCCAUCCGUCAUUCCAGAAAAUACAGCGAGAACUCGGACAUUGGCCGCCGCGAAGCCACUCGCUUCCAUGAAUUCGCAAGCUCGGAGGAGGAGGUUGAAGAAUGGACACAAGAGUUGACGUGCCACAAAAGCCGCCUGACGGUCGGUGACACGCUGAAGGUUGAAAACGGCUUGAGAAAACUUGCGGAGGAGGUUGAAGAGGAAGUGUUGGAAGACGAGGACGAUGAGGACGAUGAGGACCUCGACGAUGAGGAAGAUGAGGACGAGGAUCUCGACGAUGAGGACGAUGAGGACGAUGAGGAUGGCGACGAGGACGAUGAUCGCGCCUCAGUCGUCUCCGACAGCGAAAUAUCUGACGGCGGUUUCCAGACGGAUGAUGAACAAGGCUUCGCCGGCUCCGAUGACGAAAGCGACGCUGGUUCCGAUUACCAGUGGUGGGCUCCAGGCCGUGCGAGUGCCGUGACGUCUGCUGUCCAGCCUGAACACAUUAGACCUGGCGCUGGUCACCGCAGCAUGUCCGACUCUUCGACGGGCUCUCUGGGCAGCGGCAGCGAUUUCCUUGGUCGUCCCAAGCACGGAACCCCCAAGAAGAGGAGGGGUGUCAACAUCCGCCCUCGCAGCCCCGAACUUCCGGAUAGCACUGACUUCGUGUGUGGUACUCUGGACGAAGACCGACCUCUCGAAGAGGCUUACAUUUCGGCUCUCUCACAACGCAGGGCCGCCAAGCACAAGAUUACCCCCCAGGACAUCGACCCGACUUUCCCGACCUCUGACCCCGAGCUGGAGGAAGAAGAUGAGGACGAUGACCAGGAUGCCAAGGACGAGGACAGCGAUCAGCACAUGCUGAUGCACGGCCAACUGGAACAGAUUGAUGAAGUCGACGGCCGCGGCCGUCGUCGUCCGGGACCUAAGCGCUCACCAGUUCCGUCUCCGAAGCGCCUCCGCUCACCUCCCCCGACUAAGCGUCUUCGUUCCCCGCCUCCUCGCAAGGCCUUUGGCCAAUCACCCAGGCGCCUCCGCUCUCCUCCACCUCCAGUUGCCCGUCUGAAGUCUCCACCCGUAACCCGGACCACCAGCUUUGCCGCUCAGACCAAACAACAACGUGCAAACAUUCAAUUCGCCCAAGGCCCUCAGCCUACCCACACCGCCUCGCUUCCUCGUAGACCCAACCUGCUUUUCACUCAAGCGGCAAUGCUGAGAGACGAUGGCGACGAUUACGAGUCUGGUGUUGACAUGGUCAAGCGUGGUCCGAUGGAUAUCAAGGCGGGCACUGCUCUCAAGCGGCAACGUCGCAGAGAGAAGCUCUACCAAAAGCAUUGCCGCAAGGCAGGCAAAAAAGAAGAAAGACGCCCUGCCCCUGGCAAAGGCGCCCAACGCAUGAGACAGAUGGGCAUUGACCUUGCCGCCUACCGCGGCAAGAAAGCCGAACCUGUCCAUGUGUUUUCCUACUGA